AUGUCGCUGUCCGAGCUGUUCGACAUCUCACGAACAACAAGGCGCGACAAAGCUCGAGCUCAGCACCUUCUCCCCACACCCACGACUACCUCCUCGACUCCAGCUCGACUUUGCAACAUCUGCUAUGCCAAGCCAGCUGCGUACAACUGUCCGAGAUGCAACAUUCCCUUCUGCUCUCUGGUCUGUUUUCGAAGACAGCAACAUCAGGAAUGCUCUGCCGCAUUCAGCUCGUCUUCGCUCAGCCUCGUGGGACGGCCUGACCAGGGUGCAGCGGAGGAGGAUCGAACGAAAGUCGUUGACAUCCUGGCUCGACUCGAGAGGAACGAGAAAGAUGCCAGGUUGAUUUCAGAAGAUCACGAUGAUGACGGCGAUAGCGAUAACGAAGAUGCCGAAGACGAGCAGCUUACAGGUGUCAGAGCAGAUGUGACGGAGGAUCAGAUCGAGGGUGCUUCGACAGAUGCGCUGCUGGCUAUGCUUACGGAGAAAGAGCGGAGAAACUUUCUAGAAGCUGUCAAGGAUCCGCAGUCGGCUAGUGCGCUGAUGGACAAGCUAGAUCGCAAAGCGGAGCGACGAGCACGAUCAGCUGAGGCUGGAUCAAUGCCGCAGGGUAUCUUAGUGGCACCGCAAACAAUCUCAGAAGACCGGACGCAACCGCGCACCGUCACGACUCAGUGGCAGUCCGUGCCAUGGUUCGACAACCCAGAAGCAAGCCCUGCUUUCCCCAGCGAGUCAUCCGAUCAUAUCACGACCUUCGUACAUUUGGUCGGUACAAUUCUUUCGGCGGAAAGCAGUGGCUCGAAAGCGAGGGUAUCGGCACCGGCAGAUUUGAUAUACAACCUGUGCACCGUUCUCAUGGCAUACGCCUACAUCCUCAGGCAUUUGGAUAUAACAAGCCUGUCGCAGCUCAUUCCAGUCCGAACAGUCUCGACUGGUGAGAUUCAACUCGGCUCGUCUCUAGCAUCGUCACGCGGGUCUCAGCUCCAGUUGCCAAAUUGGCAUGCCGACGAUGACGACGAACCUCCACCACUCGAGCCCGACGAUCUAAACAACUCGACAGAGUUCGCAGCUCCCCUACCAUCCGUCAGCACGGACUCCGAUUCGUCCAUGCUCGACAACCUGACAACGAUCUCGCAAGCUUUCGACAAAUUCGCUCAUCUUGUACCCUUCCUCUUCCCACAACCACCACCACCACAGGACAAAUCCCGCACGACAGCAACUCACAGCGACCACAGCAAGACGCUCCUGACCUCGCUCGACGACGCAUCCAUCUACCUUGUCUCUCGCCUAUCUCUCGACUUCGACGUCGGUCACGCCAGUGUCGACGCUAUCAACCUGCAACUGCUUCAAGACCUGUCCAAGCUCUUGCAUCACGAACAGCUCGUCCCCACCUUCGCACAAGGACAACAGGUUGAGCCCAAGCACCGAAUUGCAUCCAGAUUCGCCUCACUGCCGUCACAGCAAGCUUUUGCAGCUGCGCAAAUACCGCUCCUGCUCAACGCUGUCGCCGAUCUGUUCCUCUUCUUCGAACAUGUGGCUUCCUCCGCCUCAGCCCUCCCGACACAUCUCAAACCAAAGCAUUGCAGACUUGUGCAACGCAAGCUCUGUUUCUAUCUCGGCAGCGCAAUCAGAAGCGACCGUUUGCCCACGCAGAGGCUCGAAUCGCCACUCCCGAUGCAGCUGCGAGACUCGAUCGUACGCCUCCGACAGCGAAUCGAAGCAGCAGAGCAAGCGGACAAGAUUGCAGCCGCCGUCAAUCUGCUCGACAAAGAUACCGCAACGAUGCCGAAAGCACCCACAAUCAGUCCUAUAUGA